AUGAAAUUCUCCCUUCUCUCUUUCCCUUUCCCCUCUCUCCCUUCUCUCUUUCCCUUUCCCCUCUCUCCCUUCUCUCUUUCCCUUUCCCCUCUCUCCCUUCUCUCUUUCCCUUUCCCCUCUCUCCCUUCUCUCUUUCCCUUUCCCCUCUCUCCCUUCUCUCUUUCCCUUUUCCUUCUCUCUUUCCCUUUCCCUCUCUCCUUCUCUCUUUCCCUUUCCCCUCUCUCCUUCUCUCCUUCCUUCUCUCUUCCCUUUCCCCUCUCUCCCUUCUCUCUUUCCCUCUUCCCCUCUUUCUCCCUCCUUCUCUCUUUCCCCUUUCCCUUCUCUCUUUCCUUCUUCUCUUUCCCUUUCCCCUCUCUCCCUUCUCUCUUUCCCUUUCCCCUCUCUCUCCUUCUCUCCUUUCCCCUCUCCUUCUCUCUUCCCCUUUCUUCUCCCUUUCCUUUCCCUUUCCCUCUCUCCCUUCUCUCUUUCCCCUUUCCCUCUCCCUUCUCUCCUUCUCUCUUUCCCUUUCCCUCUCUCCCUUCUCUCUUUCCUUUCCCCUCUCCCUUCUCUCUUUCCCUUUCCCUCUCUCCCUCUCCUCCCUUUCCCCUCUCCCUUCUCUCCCUUUCUCUCCCUUCUUCUCUCUCUCUCCUCUCUCUGUCUCUCUUCUUUCUCUCCUCUCUCUUUCUCUCUCCCUAUCCUCCCUUCUCUCCCCCUUCUUCCACCCCCUCUCUCCUUCCUCCCUCCUUCUCUGAUAUGCUCUUUCCCUUUCUCUCUCUCCUUCUCUCUUCCCUCUCUCUCCUUCUUCUCUCUUCCCUCUCUCUCCCCUCUCUCCCCCCUCUCUCCCUCUCUCUCCCCCCCUCUCUCCCUCUCUCCCCCCUCUCUCCCCUCUCUCCCCCCUCUCUCUCCUCUCUCUCUCCCCUCUCUCCCCUCUCUCUCCCCCCUCUCUCUCCCAAUCUCUCUCUCCCCUCUCUCCCCUCUCUCUCCCAAUCUCUCUCCCCUCUCUCUCCCCCUCUCUCUCCCCCCUCUCUCUUCCCUCUCUCUCCCCCCUCUCUCUUCCUCUCUCUCCCCCUCUCUCUUCCCUCUCUCUCCCCUCUCUCUUCCCUCUCUCUCCCCCCCUCUCUUCCCUCUCUCUAUCCCCCCUCUCUCUUCCUCUCUCCCCUCCCCCCCCCUCUUACUCACUGCUCCAUUGCUACUUCCAUGAAAAUAUCAUUCCUGACAAAUCUCUCUCUCCUCUCUCUUCCACUCUCUCUCCUCUCUCUUCCACUCUCUCUCCUCUCUCUUCCACUCUCUCUCCUCUCUCUUCCACUCUCUCUCCUCUCUUCCACUCUCUCUCCUCUCUUCCACUCUCUAUUCCACUCUCUCUUCUCUCUCUAUUCCACUCUCUCUUCUCUCUCUAUUCCACUCUCUCUUCUCUCUCUAUUCCACUCUCUCUCUCUUCCACUCCCCUUCUCCUCUCCCACCCCCUCUCUCUCCCUUCCGCUCUUCUCCCCUCUCCCCCACAGUCUUCUCUCUCCCCCUCCUCUCUCUUUAUUCCCAGUCUUCUCUCUCCCCCUCCUCUCUCUUUAUUCCCAGUCUUCUCUCUCCCCCUCCUCUCUCUUUAUUCCCAGUCUUCUCUCUCCCCUUUAUUCCUCUCUCUCUUUAUUCUUUAUUCCCAGUCUUCUCUCUCCCCUCCUCUCUCUUUAUUCCCAGUCUUCUCUCUCCCCCUCCUCUCUUUAUUCCCAGUCUUCUCUCUCCCCUCCUCUCUUUAUUCCCAGUAUUUCUCUCCCCUCCCUCUCUCUUUAUUCCCAGUCUUCUCUCUCCCCCUCCUCCUCUCUCUUUAUUCCCAGUAUUUCUCUCCCCCCCUCUCUCUUUAUUCCCAGUAUUCUCUCUCCCCCUCCUCUCUCUCUUUAUUCCCAGUAUUCUCUCUCCCCUCCUUCUCUCUCUUUAUUCCCAUAUUCUCUCUCCCCUCCCUCUCUUUAUUCCUUCUCUCCCCCUCCUUCUCUUCUUUAUUCCUGUAUUCUCUCUCCCCUCCUCUCUCUCUUUAUUCCUGUAUUCUCUCUCCCCUCCCUUCUCUCUCUAUGUAGCAAGAAGCCAAGAGAAAGUAUAUUGUUUGAAAAAAAUUUCUCUCUCCCUCCUCUCUCCCUUUAUUCCUGUAUUCCUCUCUCUCCUCCUUUUUUCUCUUUAUUCCUGUAUUCUCUCUCCCCCUCCUUCUCUCUCUUUAUUCCUGUAUUCUCUUUCCCCUCCUUCUCUCUCCCCCUCCUUCUCUCUCUUUAUUCCAUAUUCUCUCCCCUCCUUCUCUCUCCCCCUCCUCCUCCUCUCUUUAUUCCCCUGUCUUCUCUCUCCUCCUCCUCCUCCUCCUCUUCUCUCUAUCCCCCCCCGUCUUCUCUCCCCCCUCCUCCCCUCCUCCCAUUUUGUGCACAUGCUUUUCCCAAGUCCCCCCUCCUUUUCAGUUUUUUCCACACCCUGCCCUUUCUGUCUUUUUCCACACCCUGCCCUUUCUGUCUUUUUCCACACCCUGGCCUUUCUGUCUUUUUCCACACCCUGCCCUUUCUUUCUUUUUCAUUUUUUUCUUUAUACUUUCCUUUCUUUUGCCAAGCAAUUCAUUGUCUGAAUUGCAAGUAUAUUAAUGCUUCUGCACCAAAGUCAAAAGAUUACAUUGAGACAACUUAG